AUGUCACCGCCUAUGCAGGUGAACGUCAUGGGUCCGAUUGUCCUGUUCCAAGCGAUGCUUCCGCUUCUGAAAAAGAGUCCCAAUCCCAAAUUUGUGCCAAUGAGCAGUACAGGUGGUAGUAUCGGCGGCGAGAAUCUUGUUGCAAGUCAAGUGGGCGGUGUAUGCUAUGGUGCAACUAAGGCCACACUAAAUUGGGUCGCGCGAAAGAUCCAUUUCGAAAAUGACUGGAUUGUCGCUUUUCCAAUGUCGCCCGGAGGUGUUUCAACAGACCUAUUGAGCGAUACCAGUGACAAUGACCCAACUGGAAUAUUCAAAACAUUCCUGACUGGAAAUGAGCCCACAGCUGAAGAGGCAGCGAAACUCAUCAUGCAAGUGAUAGAUGAUUCGACAAGAGAAACAAGCGGUGGAAAAUUCAUGCAUUUGGAUGGUUCCACAAUACCAUGGUAA